AUGGGUGCAACCACACAAGUGCUAGCAGAUCAUGGCCGUUGUUCCCUCCCUACCAAGCUUCUGGGUUGUUUUCUGUUUGCCCUCUUCACCUUGACACUAGUCUAUUUCAUCUUCUACUCCCCUCCAGCUUCUUUCAUCUCUUACACCGACACAUUCGUCCAGUUGAAGACACAUCAUCAAACAACUAAGAACUCUUCUCUACCACCUCCUCAAGCAGCAUGGUUGCUAUGCGACUACAGCGACGGUAAGUGGGUGUGGGAUGACAGCGUCACCGGCCCACGGUACGACAGUGAGAACUGCGACAUGAAGAGCACGGAGAAGUGCGUGGUCAACGGCAAGCCGGACAAGGGCUACCUGCACUGGCGCUGGCAACCCGCGGGGUGCAAUCUCUCGGCGCUGAACCCGGCGGAGUUCCUCCGGCUGGUGCGGGGCAAACACCUGGCUUUCGUCGGCGACUCCACGGCGCGGAACCAGGCGGAGGCCCUCGUGUGCUUCCUCUCCUCCGUGGCGCGGCCAGAGAUGGCGCACCGGUACGAGGAGCGGCUGGGGCGCAAGUUCUGGCGCUGGGUCUUCCCGGCGCCGCACCGCGUCAACGUCAGCACGUACUGGUCGCCGUUGCUCGUGCGCGCCGAGGGUCACUCGGAGGACUACGCCAUGACGCAGCAAGCGGUGGUCCUGGACGCGCUCACCGAACCGUGGACGGCGGACGUCGGCGCCAUGGACGUCAUGGUGAUCUCGGCGGGGCACUGGUUCCCGCGCCCGGCCAUGUACUACGAGGACGGGGAGGUCGUCGGGGUGUACUCCCGUCCGGACGUCAACAAGACCGACAUAGGGUACCUCGGCGUGUACCGCAAGGUGAUCCGGAGGACGCUCGAGUACGUCGAUGCCAAGUCGUCGACCGGCGGCGACAAGCUUGUGGUGGUGGCGACCAUCGCGCCGGCUCAUUUUGACAGUAAGUACGGCUGGAACCACCGCGACGCGUGCUCGCGCACGAAGCCGUACGAGGACGGGGAGGCAGAGGUGGCGACCGCGGACGCCGAGCUGAGGAACGUCGUCCUGGAGGAGGUGGCGACGGCAGCAGCGAAGACGACGCGGCGGCGGGGCGGUGUGCAGUUCGAGGUGCUCGACGUGACGAAGAUGGCGACCAUGCGUCCCGAUGGGCAUCCCGGGCCCUACCUCUUCGCACACGCGUACGACGGGCGCCCCGUGCCGGAGACCGUGGGAAACGACUGCCUGCACUGGUGCGCGCCGGGGCUGGUCGACACGUUCAACGACAUACUGGCGAAGAUGAUUGUUGCCGGCGUCUGA